UCCUUGAAUACAUAAUUAAAUUCUAAUUAUAAAAGUAAAUAGUAAUAUGUAAAUUCCUCAAUUAAUAUAGUGACACUCAACUUCAGUUAUGAAAACAUAUUCGGUAGCUACAAUGUUGAACUCCUGAGCCUUCAUGUUUAACUUAAUUAUCUAUUAAAGGUUACUUUAUUUUGUUCUUUAGAGAUUUGGACAGCCACCCCAAAAUGCCCAACCAUCUACUCAGUUAUCACUUGCAGAAAGGGAGAAAGUUUAUAACUGGAUUCUUGAGCUGUCCAGUAUGAAAACAAGAGAACAUGCACUUGUAGAGCUGAGCAAGAAGAGAGAAGUUGUAUCAGAUCUUGCACCUAUGCUGUGGCACUCUUUUGGUACCAUUGCUGCAUUGCUGCAAGAAAUUGUAAACAUAUAUCCGAUGAUUAAUCCACCAAACCUAAAUGCACAUCAAUCAAACCGGGUUUGCAAUGCACUUGCGCUACUGCAAUGUGUUGCGUCACAUCCCGAGACAAGAUCACCAUUUCUCCAAGCUCAGAUUCCGCUCUUCCUAUACCCAUUUCUACACACAGUAAGCAAGACACGAUCAUUUGAAUAUUUGCGACUUACAAGUCUUGGUGUUGUAGGUGCUCUAGUAAAGACUGAUGACCCAGAGGUGAUUACCUUUCUUCUAUCAACCGAAAUAAUCCCGCUCUGUUUAAGAAUAAUGGAAUCUGGUAGUGAAUUGUCUAAAACCGUUGCAACGUUUAUUCUGCAAAAGAUUCUACUCGAUGAAACGGGUUUAGGAUACAUCUGUCAAACAUAUGAAAGAUUUUCCCAUGUUGCAAUGAUUUUGGGUAAAAUGGUAUUGGCUCUGGUGAAAGAGCCGUCUCCAAGGCUACUUAAACAUGUCGUCAGAUGCUACUUACGAUUGUCAGACAAUGCGAGGGCAAGAGAAGCACUGCGUCAGUGUCUUCCAGAUCAACUAAAAGACAACACUUUCGCACUGUGCUUGAAAGAUGACCACUCGACCAAGAGAUGGAUGGCUCAGUUAAUGAAAAACCUUCAGGAAACCCCAACAACAAUGACUGACCCACGGGGGAUUCCAAUGCCCCCUUAAAAGAUGGAACACUAAGGCAUUGAUUUUGCUGGAGUUUCUUCGAAAUGUAAACAACAUCAUCUUCAGAUAUGGCUUGAACACAAGGAAGAAUGCAGAAUUUGCUUUUAAAGCUGGUGGAGAUCUGAAAUAUAAGCUUGUUAAUUUUUAGCCCGAAGGAUUGUUAAAAUUUUUUAGAUUUUACAAGUGACAAUGUCAUGUGGAAUCUUCUUUUAAGGAUAAACACAACAUUAGUAUUUUACUUCUUUGACUUCCCUGCUACAAAGUCACUCAAGAACAAGCGAGCUUUCGACUGGAUUUUUGAGUUCGUUUUCUUGUUGUUUUAUGAAAAAUGUUUAGGAUCCCUGAAAUAUAUUACAUUCGCUGACAAAAUAAUUUAAAGUUCCUGUGAUCUAUAUGCUAUUUAGCCAGGCCGUUUUGGACUGCCAUAUAUCAGGCAGUAUGCGAAUUAGUUUAGGAACUACUUUUUUCGGAAGAUGUCAUUUAGACAAAGAGACAAAGACUUAUGUUUAUUAUAAUGAGCAUGAAUUAUAUCGUAAGGGUAUUUUCUGAACCAUUGUAUUUUAACAGCUUUUGCAACUAUUCAAGGCAAAUACACGUUAUUCUAUUUGAUACUUUUGCUAUUUACAUAAUUAUUAUAUAUUAUAUAUAAUUAGAAGGACUGUUAAAAAAGAUCUUCUUGCCCUUGCUCUUCUGUUCCAGGUAGCCACUUCCUAGCCAUUUUACUUUUUUUUUAAAAUUCCUCUUGUAUUAAUUCGUUCUUUGUUCUUUGAGAAAGUACGAUUUCGAUAAUCUGUGCUAGGAAUAUUAUUAAAUUUGUCUAUUACUCGAUUUUGUUAACUUUA